UUUCCUUCAGGGACCGGGUGAGGGGAAGUCGUUGCCGCCCCCAGCCGGGAGGCGCGAACUCGGUUUGAGGAUGAGGAAGAGCAGCAUGGGGACUGGCGGCCCCCGAGACCAGCACGGGCCGCUGGCCCCGGGCACGGCCCACCCGGGCGCCCGCCGGAUGUGGCGCGGCCCCAGCGUCCCGGCCGCCCGCCGCCUCUCGUAACCCCGGGCGCCCGCCGGCGGCGUAGCCCGCGCCCAUUCUCGAACGGCUCCGCGCCGGGCGCGGCGCCCGGCUGCGCAGCCGGGGCCAGACCCUGCGCAAUUUGCGUAGCGAACGGCGCCCGCGCAGGCGCAAGAGGGGGCGGAGCAGCGGGAGCCGGGGAGCCGGAGCCCCGGGUCCCAGCGACCGGAGCCGGCUCCCCCAGCGGCGGCCUGAGGACCCGGCGUCGGCCUCCUCCCGCCCCCCGCGGCUGGAGCGUGGACGCAGUGGGGGUGGGGUGGAGGUAGCGUCUAGAAUCCCGAGGACGGAAGGCAGAGGCCCUCCCCAUCCGGAUCAUUGGAGGGGAGAGAACCCCUCUUUGGGGAGGGGGAGAGCCGGGCGUUGAACGCCCCCUGCAGCGGCCGCUGCCUUGAGCCCACGGGCAUCGGCCGGCUCUCCCCCUCCUGUCGGGCCGACUCGAGCUACCGGGGACCUCUUUCCUUCAGGCUCUGCGCUCCCCCACCCCGGCUCUGGGGUGGCCCAGGGGAGACACCCCCCACCUCCCUCCACUACCCUGGAGAGGAGAGACUGUCCUUCCAUGCCCCUGAGUGAGGGGCGCACGCUCCAGGCUGCCCGUGCCCCGCUGCAAGGGCAAGGGCCCCUCUGCUGAGGGGGGAGGGCCCGGUGAGGCGCAACUUCGUCCCUCCUGAGCUCCCCAUCUCCGUCUCUGCACCCCGCACCUCCCACCCCUCCGUAUUUAUUUCCCUGGCCCCCUGCCAGCUCCUCCAUCUCUGUCCCCAGGAUUCAGGCCUCCCUCCCUGACAUGGAGAGUAACCUGUCUGGCCUGGUGCCUGCGGCUGGGCUGGUGCCGGCGCUGCCCCCGGCCGUGACCCUGGGGCUGACGGCGGCCUACACCACGCUCUAUGCCCUCCUCUUCUUCUCCGUCUAUGCCCAGCUCUGGCUGGUGCUGCUGUAUGGGCACAAACGUCUCAGCUACCAGACGGUGUUCCUGGCGCUCUGUCUGCUCUGGGCUGCCCUGCGUACCACCCUCUUCUCCUUCUACUUCCGAGACACCCCCCGUGCCAACCGCCUGGGGCCCCUGCCCUUCUGGCUUCUCUACUGCUGCCCUGUCUGCCUCCAGUUCUUCACACUGACGCUUAUGAACCUCUACUUUGCCCAGGUGGUGUUCAAGGCCAAGGCGAAGCGUCGGCCAGAGAUGAGCCGAGGCUUGCUGGCCGUCCGAGGGGCCUUCGUGGGGGCCUCGCUGCUCUUUCUGCUGGUGAAUGUGCUCUGUGCUGUGCUGUCGCGCCGGCGCCGGGCACAGCCCUGGGCCCUCCUGCUGGUGCGAGUCCUGGUGAGCGACUCCCUCUUUGUCAUCUGCGCCCUCUCUCUGGCCGCCUGCCUCUGCCUUGUCGCCCGGCGGGCCCCCACCACCAGCAUCUACCUGGAGGCCAAGGGGACCAGUGUGUGUCAGGCGGCCGCGAUGGGUGGUGCCAUGGUCCUGCUCUAUGCCAGCCGGGCCUGCUAUAACCUAGCGGCCCUAGCCCUGGCCCCCCGGAGCCGGUUGGACGCCUUUGAUUACGACUGGUACAACGUCUCUGACCAGGCGGACCUGGUGAAUGACCUGGGGAACAAGGGCUACCUGGUGUUUGGCCUCAUCCUCUUUGUGUGGGAGCUGCUGCCCACCACCCUGCUGGUGGGCUUCUUCCGGGUGCACCGGCCCCCGCAGGACCUGGUCUUUGGCUCCCGUUCCUAUUUCUUCGACCGGGCCGGGCACUGCGAGGACGAGGGCUGCUCCUGGGAGCACAGCCAGGGCGAGAGCACCAGGUGCUGGGACCGGGCGGCCACCACCACAGUCUCUACUCCACCCCACAGACGUGAUCCCCCUCCGUUUCCCCCCAGAACACCCACACCCCAGUCCUCCCACCCUAGGCCUCUGUGCCAAGUUCAUCUGCCGCUUCUUGCCCAGGAUCCCGGGGGCUGUGGCUGCCUCCUCCCCUGGCCGGCUCCUUGCUACUCCUGUCGUAGUGAGCUUCUGCCGUCCCCUAGGAUGGGGGCGUGGCCCUGGUUGCCAGAUGCCCACAGCACCCUGGCAUGACCUGCCACCUCUGCUUCGACACUGGAGCCACCUACCUCUCCUGCAUUUGCCACUCAAUAAAGUGUCUGUGCCCCACGUCCUUUCA